AUGGUGACUCUACUAUCUUUCAUCUUGCUUCUACUCUUCCCCGUUCUCUUCUCAUUAAUUUACACCAAGAAGAUCAAAUACUCUAAGCAUAAUCUUCCUCCAAGUCCACCAAAGCUUCCGUUCAUCGGAAACCUACACCAGCUCCGAGGACUACUUCACAGACGUCUUCACGAUCUCUCCAAGAAACAUGGACCCGUCAUGCUUCUCCACCUAGGGUUUGUCCCAGUCCUUGUAGUCUCAUCAAGUGAAGCAGCUGAAGAAGUUCUCAAAACACAUGACCUAGAGUGCUGCACACGGCCCAAGGCUCUCGGCAUGCAGACUUUCUCACGUAACGGUAAAGACAUCGGUUUCGCUUCAUACGGUGAGGAGUGGAGAGAGCUGCGCAAACUUGCUGUUCUUGAGUUCCUCAACGCGAAAAGAGUACAAUCUUUUAGGUAUAUAAGAGAGGAAGAGAAUGACUUGUUGAUCAAGAAACUGACAGAAUCAGCUUUGAAGCAAUCUCCUGUGGAUUUGAGCAAAAUUCUUUUCUCUCUGACUGCUAGUAUCUUAUUUAGAUCAGCCUUUGGACAGAACUACUUCGAAAGCAAGCAGAUCAGUAAGGAAAAGAUCGAAGAAUUGAUGUUUGAAGCUCUUGCAAAUAUGACUUUCAAGUUCACUGAUCUUUUCCCUGUUGCUGGUAUUGGAUGGUUUAUAGACUUUGUGUUAGGAGAACAUAAGAGACUUCGUAACGCUUUUCUAGAGGUAGAUAGUUUUGUGAGGAAAGUGGCUGAUGAUCACUUGAAGAAUAGGCAUGGGGAAAUAACUCCAGAUCGUCCUGAUAUUGUCGAUGUGAUGUUUGAUAUGAUAGAGAAACAAGAACAAGAUGAGUCUUUUAAGCUCACAACUGAUCAUGUCCAUGGGGUUAUCUCAGAUCUAUUUCUUGCUGGAGUAGACACAAGUGCCAUCAUCAUGAUUUGGGCGAUGGCAGAGCUCAUUAGAAACCCUAGAGUGAUGAAGAAAGCUCAAGAAGAGAUUAGAACAAGUAUUACAAUCAAACCAGAAGAGAGAAUCUCGGAAGAAGAUCUUGACAAAGUUCAGUACUUGAAACUUGUGGUGAAAGAAACCUUAAGACUACACCCAGCUGCUCCUUUGUUACUCCCAAGAGAGACAAUGAGUCCACUAAAGAUUCAAGGCUACAAUAUUCCUCCAAAAACUCUUCUUAUAGUCAACGCAUGGGCCAUAGCACAGGAUCAUAAACACUGGGAGAAUCCAGAGGAGUUUAUCCCGGAGAGGUUUAUGGAUUGUCCUGUGGACUACAAAGGACAUAGCUUUGAGAUGUUGCCUUUUGGUUCUGGUCGUAGGAUGUGUCCAGGGAUGGCUUUCGGGAUUGCAACUGUUGAGUUGGGAUUAUUGAAUUUGCUUUACUUCUUUGACUGGAAGUUGCCAGAGGAGAGUAAUGGUAUGGACAUGGAAGAAUCUGGUGAUGUCACCACUGUUAAGAAAACUCCUCUUGAGCUUGUUCCGAUUCUUAGGUCAUAG